AUGAAUGAUGAACAUACUAUCAUUCAGCUGUAUGUAAAUGAGCUAAUGAACAACGCACGUAUCAUUGCUUAUUCUUUGUUUAGUCUUCUUAUCUCAUUAAAUAGCUUUCCUGAUGAGAUCAAUGAAGUAGAGCAGAACAAACAACUUGCUAGGGCUGCUCCAGCUUUGCUGAAGGGCAAAGGGUUGCAAUACAGCCUUGAUAUUGCUGAUAGACUGGGUGAUGAACAUGUUCUGAUUGGUCUAUAUAUCAACCUCCUCCUGAAUAAUUCCUCACGUGUCCUUGAUAGUCCAAGCCGUCUAGAUGAAGAGCAUCGAUUGAUAGCUCGGUACGCAGCACGACUGGCUGCUGAGGCAGCAUCUUCACACAGGCAGCGAAAAGACGAGUUAGAACAAAGGAUGUCAUCAUUGCAGGAAAACCGCCGAGAAUUAAUGGUUCAACUAGAAGGCCUGAUGAAAUUACUGAAAACUCAGGGGGCAGGAUCCCCUCGCUCUUCACCAAGUCACACAAUUAGCCGGUCUGUUCCUAUACCAAUGCCUAUCAGAUCAACCUCUGCCUGUUCAACUCCAACCCAUACACCUCAGGAUUCACUGACAGGGGUUGGAGGAGAUGUACAGGAAGCAUUUGCACAAAGCUCCAGAAGAAAUUUGAGAAAUGACCUGCUGGUGGCAGCAGAUUCCAUUACAAACACGAUGUCAUCUUUGGUAAAAGAGUUGAAUUCAGAGGCUGGGAGUGAGACAGAAAGCAAUGUGGAUUCUGAUUUUGGUCGUGCUCAUUUAGAUGACAUUGUGCUUUCGCCAACUUCUGAAAAGGCCUUUCUAGCUCAGAUUAAUGCAAGAAACCCCAGCUAUGAGCACAGUGCUGCUGCAACAGGAACUAUUCAAAGUGACAUUGUUGCAGAAGAUGGUGAAUCAUACAUUAGAACCGAUGAUGAAAGUUACGAAAAUGAAUCUGUCCAUCAACUUGAACGGGAGUUGAAGCUCGAGGAAUAUCUGAAGCAGAAAUUGCAAGAUGAGAGCUAUCAGGCUCAUUACAGUCAAACUGAUGAUGAGAGUUAUGUGAGAACUGAUGAUGAUGAAAGCUGCAUACGGACAGAUGACGAAGAUGGUCUAACUUCUGGCUUCACUGAAGAAUGGAAUGAACAUAUGAAGCGUCUGAUGACAAAAAAUAUAAUUUUAUAAGUAGUGUGAGGACUCUAGCACAAUUAUUUUAAAAGUUUCUAGUUCAAUGUGUUGACAGACAUUUCUUUUACUUAAAGCUGGGUUUAUCAGCAUCUUCUUUAUAUGCCUCAAAACAGAAUUCAGGAGAACGCAACAGCAGUUGUCACCAAACUGAAUAGGUUUGAUGUUAUUUAAAAUAUGGCAGUAUUACUAUCAAAAAUAAUUCUUCACACAUAAUAUUUUCUGUAUAUGCUCCUAAAAUUGAUACACAUCAUGUUUGGUUUCUAGAUGAACUGUGCAGUCCUUUGGCAAAAAUUACAUAUUUUUCAACUGUGAUGAACCUAUUUUGGUGAAAUGCACUUAAAAAUCAUAUAAUAUGGCACAAUAAAUGAAUAUUUAUUCAAAACUAUAACAAUCCAUAAACUAGUAAUUUUCAGCAUUUUUUAAAUGCACAGAUCUGUAAAAUAAAAGAACUGUGAACUGUGUCAAGGACGCUCAUAGCUAAUUCUGUUCUUGUACUUUGAACCAUAGGUGCCAAAAACAAAGACAGUUUGAAAAAAGGAACUUGAUUUAUUUAAUUCCUUUUGUGUGAGUAAUACAAUGGGUUAAGCAAUAUUUUAAACAUGCAUGAACUUGCUAACUUUGAAAAAGUAAACUUUUUUUCUGGGUUUUAUUUGCUUACUUGGGCAUACUUAUAAAUAUAUAUAUAUACACAUUACUUGAUGUGCAUUGGUCAUUUUAUGUUUCAAAUGUGUAUUACCUUAGUUGCCUGUGUAGUGUGUACAUUGUGAGGAAAGAAUAUUUUAUCAAAUAAUCUAUGGAAGAGAAUUGCAUAUGUUGUAAAGACAGCAACAGGUGAGAAUUCAAGGUUUAGGAGGUUUUGUGGCAUCUACCUGAUUAAUUCACAAGCAAAUCAUGCAGAUGGUUGAAGAUACUAUUCUCCAAGUAUGUCUUAAAGUGUUCAUGAUCAGUACAAAACAACUGAUUCAACUCCGAGUGAGUUCUCACAGAAACUAUUCUACAUAAAGCUGGAUUCAUUUUUUCUGUAGUAAUUACUCCGGAAUUUACAAAUAAUUCUUUCAUAUACAUUUUCUAUAAAUGAUGUCAUAUGUAAGUCAAUAAUAACUUUUUAUUUGCAGCAUUGUUAAACAAAAGUUAAUAAUGACAUAACAGAAACACGCUGAAUAAUAUGUAAACUUACACAACAAAUGUAUUAUUAAUAACUGAAGAAUUGCAAAAAAAACCUACAACUCAUGUGGUAAGCACCCUGAAAGAAUGUAGAUGUCUUGACAGUAAAAAAAACAUGAGGAGAAGUGGUGUGAUUUAAUUGAUGUUAUCAGAUUAAAAAGCAGAAGGAAAUAUGUUAAUUACUGAUUGACAUCUACUUAAAGGGAAUGGAUGUUCGAUAGAGAUAGAGAUAAAAGAGAGAUGUGAAUUCUGGAAGAUUCUGGAUAUAGUUAAGAGUUGAGAGAGGCUUGGCAUGUUUCAGAGUUAACCUGCACAGACUGUGGCCUUCACUGUGAAACAAUCUGUACUCUGUUAGUGCAUGAAGUGAUAAAUUGUCUAGUUUUGUUUCCCAGUUCUAUACCUUUUAUUUAUUUUGACUGACUUUUCCCAGCUGCAUAUGUUGAUUAAUGUAGACACAUACUGUAUAUAAAGUCUUUGUGCUGAAUUUAGAAUGGAUAAAUUCAGCAAAAUAGCCGUGAAUUACCAUCAUUUUCUUACUCUGUCCAAAACAAUGGACAUUUAAUUUUCACCAAAAAUGUAUGACUACAUCAUGUAUAAAUUAACUACAACUAAUAUAUUUAAUGUCUCCAAAACUCCAAAAGAAGGACAGCAACUUUGGAAGCACUAAAGGUUCAAUGUAAUACACUGUUGAUGUAAUAAAACUACUGAUCUAUGUUUUGUAUUGUUAAGUAUUGUAUACAUAUGUACAAUGUGUUGGAACAAGCUGGGGACUUGCCAUGUUCUAAGAUUGUUCAGGUAUUUAACUGUGUGUCUGUAUUUUGGAAUGGAAUAUUUCUUCAUUAAAAAGAGAAUUUUUUAAAAGG